CGGAGUCGAGGGAGGACCAGAAGAGCGGAAGAAUCGAACUCGAGCGGGAGAGGUGAGUGGCAUCGCCGAGCAAGGCCGACAAUUGCCUGCCGCUCGGAAUCCCGGCAAUUCCCAGUGCUUUUGACGGCACCUGACUGUGUGACCAAUCGUAACGCUCGCACCCCGGGUCACGUUCGUAACUGCGACGUGCGCUCAGGCUGCGUUUCCAUGUCGUUCUUCCGGCCAUACCGGGGUCUCAGAGCGCGAUCUUGACUCCAAGGCUUGCGAUCGAGAGGAGGCCGAACAUGCGGGGGGUAGCAGCGGGGAGCGUGAGAUGUGGCAACGAUGGAUAGUUCGAGAGUCCAUUAAGUGGAGGUCGCGGAGUCGACAAGAAAUUGCUCGAGAAACAGGCGCGAGCGAGGCCAGGGCAACUAGGACCUGCAGAAACGCUGAGGGAUGCCAGAACACUCCGCUUAGCCGCUUCGAAAGUCAUGGGGCAGAGGUGCCGCGACUGGAGACUGAAUACAAGAAGGACAAGCAAGGAAUCUCGACGAACUUCAACGACGUUGCGGAGCAGCUUGUGACCGGCAGGCACGGUGA